UAAUUGUUCAAGUCUCGAAGAGCAAUCUAGCUUUUCACCACUAAUCCUGGCCUAUCUUGACUCCCCCCAGAUGCAGACACGCCCCCAUUCAUCGCCCUUGCAAGGGCACAAAGCGUCAUGCCGCUCAGAGAAGGGUGCUGAAACACCAAAAGCGUCAAGGCUCAGCUGAACCGAAACGAUCCACGGCGUGGCUUCAAGCACUGCACAAGUGCCAUCGCAUUGACUGCGGACGAGAGGAUACACUUUGAAGGAUCGAGGCGCUCGAGCCUUCUCGCCGCGUCGCAUCAUCGCUCUUCAGCCGGACGAUACUCAUCAUGUCAGCGCCAGGUUCCUCCAUCGAUCCCUCUAGCUACUCAGUGCUAGGUCUAACGCACGUACAGUACAACCAGCACGAUCCCUUUGCCAAAGCGCUAGCUCUGAUAACCCUCAGUCCCAUAUUCUUGCUAUGCUCCUACGUCACCAUCAUUCUCUACAGAAGGGAGUUGACAUUCAUCAAUGCGCUUAUUGGGCAGUUGGGAUGCGAGGGAGUCAACUGGGGCUUGAAGAGGUUGAUCAGGCAGCCUAGACCUACUGGUAACCUAGGCUCAGGUUACGGCAUGCCCUCUUCUCACGCCCAAUUCGUCGGUUUCUUUGCUGCCUACUUUUUGGCCCACUUUGCUCUGCAUCAUCCCAAAGCUGCCAGACCUGCGACGCUUGUCAACACCAUGCGAAGGUUCGAGCACGCUGUAGCCAUGUUGGCCAUCGCGAGCUGCGCCGCCAUCACCGCAUACAGCCGAUAUCAUCUUUCCUAUCAUACGGCAGCACAGAUCUGGGUAGGCCUUUCACUAGGAAUAGCCAUCGGCUCCACAUGGUAUUACAUAGCAGAGUACCUGCCCCGCAAGCCUCUCAGAUUGCCCAUCCCUCUAGGCUCGCCUCAUCAAUCACCAGCCACCGGUGAUCCGAAAAGCAGAACAUCUGCGCGGGUCGAGGCUGAGAGAACAAAGCUUGGCUCUCCUCUCGAGCUUCGACAAAGGCUGCGCAAGUCGAUCAGCGCUAAGGAACAAGAGAUCGCUCAUGCUAGUAAUCAGGUACCCACAACCUCGCCAGACCAAAAGCGCGCAAGACGUCGAUCAUCCCUCUCUUCCUUCUUACCGGAGCUUCAUCCCGCUCCUCCGCUACGUCAGUUGAUCCUGGACCAUCCCAUCGCGGUAGCUUUUCGAAUCAGGGAUUCGUGGACUGUAUGGCUGGACGGAGGCAUCGAGCAAGAGUACGGUCGAUGGCGGGACGAAUGGUUGGACAGGCGAACCGAGUGGAGGCAAGACGAUGCGCUCGCAGAUUCACCCAUCGAUCAACGCUUGAGCGAUUUGCCGCUUCUCGAGCGACGUGCCUUUCCCAACAAGGAUGAUACAGGUGGAGAAGCAUGGACGUCAAAGCAAGACGAGAUUCAUUACAGACGUUUGCUGAAAACGCUAGCAUUAGCGGAUCUUUGCGUUGCCAACCAGACCGCUUUUUGCGUAGGAUGCGUCGUCAGUCCUUCGCGCGCGUCUUCUGCGCAAGGGGAGCAAAUACUAGCUACGGGCUACUCCCGGGAACUUCCGGGCAACACGCACGCUGAAGAAUGUGCAUUGCAAAAGUUGCUGCUUUUGCGAGAUUCGUCGAUGGCUGCGUUUGAGCCCGAGACGAUUUGGUUGGAUCUGUACACUAGUAUGGAACCGUGUUCUGUACGAGGAUCUGGCAACACCAGCUGCGUAUCUCGCAUCCUCUCAUUCAACACCUCCUCCAUCUCAUCCGCCUCCACCUCGCCUUCCCCUUCCUCCGGAGGAGGCGGUGCUGCAUCAUCUGCAAAACGCGCGGGCACGGGCAUGGGCACGGGCAAGGGCGCGCGCGCUUGCUACCAGAUAUCCCGCGUGUUCAUGGGGGUCAAAGAACCGCAAGAUUUCGUGCAGUGCGAAGGCGUUCGCAUGUUGAGAGAGGCGGGCGUGCAGGUCAUCAGCGUCCUGCCACCUGAGAGAGAGACGAGCAGGUUGGGAUUGAAACAUGGUUGGUUGGAGAGGGAAGCGCUCAGGAUUGCCAAGAAGAGCCACCUGGACCAAGCCGGGUCUGAAGGUGCCGAGGUCGCGUGGAAAGGUCUUGCUUGAUAUCUCCCCAGAUCGAACGCGCGUCUCUCGCACAAAGAAAUUUCUUCAACCCCAUCCCACCCUUCUCGGCCUCUUUCGUCUCCAAAAUUUUCUCGUAUCAUGCCUGCUAUUUAUACUUCUCGCAAUGCAAUCACAAAAGUCACCACUGCACU